CAACACGACAGCGGCUGCCGAGCGACCCGGAAGUAUUCCCAUUUUGCGUUGUCUGGGCUCGGCGGCAGCCGGGCUCGGAGUGGACGUGCCACUAUGGGGUCGUCCAAGAAGCAUCGCGGAGAGAAGGAGGCGGCCGGGACGACGGCGGCAGCCGGCACUGGGGGCGCCACCGAGCAGCCGCCGCGGCACCGGGAACACAAAAAACACAAGCAUCGGAGUGGCGGCAGUGGCGGUAGCGGUGGCGAACGACGGAAGCGGAGCCGGGAACGUGGGGGCGAGCGCGGGAGCGGGCGGCGCGGGGCCGAAGCUGAGGCCCGGAGCAGCACGCACGGGCGGGAGCGCAGCCAGGCAGAGCCCUCGGAGCGGCGCGUGAAGCGCGAGAAGCGCGAUGACGGCUACGAGGCCGCUGCCAGCUCCAAAACUAGCUCAGGCGAUGCCUCCUCACUCAGCAUCGAGGAGACUAAUAAACUCCGGGCAAAGUUGGGGCUGAAACCCUUGGAGGUUAAUGCCAUCAAGAAGGAGGCGGGCACCAAGGAGGAGCCCGUGACAGCUGAUGUCAUCAACCCUAUGGCCUUGCGACAGCGAGAGGAGCUGCGGGAGAAGCUGGCGGCUGCCAAGGAGAAGCGCCUGCUGAACCAAAAGCUGGGGAAGAUAAAGACCCUAGGAGAGGAUGACCCCUGGCUGGAUGACACUGCAGCCUGGAUCGAGAGGAGCCGGCAGCUGCAGAAGGAGAAGGACCUGGCAGAGAAGAGGGCCAAGUUACUGGAGGAGAUGGACCAAGAGUUUGGUGUCAGCACUCUGGUGGAGGAGGAGUUCGGGCAGAGGCGGCAGGACCUGUACAGUGCCCGGGACCUGCAGGGCCUCACCGUGGAGCAUGCCAUUGAUUCCUUCCGAGAAGGGGAGACCAUGAUCCUCACCCUCAAGGACAAAGGCGUGCUGCAGGAGGAGGAGGACGUGCUGGUGAACGUGAACCUGGUGGAUAAGGAGCGGGCAGAGAAAAAUGUGGAGCUGCGGAAGAAGAAGCCUGACUACCUGCCCUAUGCCGAGGACGAGAGCGUGGACGACCUGGCGCAGCAAAAACCUCGCUCUAUCCUGUCCAAGUAUGACGAAGAGCUUGAAGGGGAGCGGCCGCAUUCCUUCCGCUUGGAGCAGGGCGGCACAGCUGAUGGCCUGCGGGAGCGGGAGCUGGAGGAGAUCCGGGCCAAGCUGCGGCUACAGGCUCAGUCCCUGAGCACGGUGGGGCCCCGGCUGGCCUCCGAAUACCUCACGCCUGAGGAGAUGGUGACCUUUAAAAAGACCAAGCGGAGGGUGAAGAAAAUCCGCAAGAAGGAGAAGGAGGUGGUAGUGCGGGCGGAUGACUUGCUGCCUCUCGGGGACCAGACUCAGGAUGGGGACUUUGGUUCCAGACUGCGGGGACGGGGUCGCCGCCGAGUGUCCGAGGUGGAGGAGGAGAAGGAGCCUGUGCCUCAGCCCCUGCCGUCGGACGACACCCGAGUGGAGAACAUGGACAUCAGUGAUGAGGAGGAAGGUGGAGCUCCACCGCCGGGGUCCCCGCAGGUGCUGGAGGAGGAUGAGGCGGAGCUGGAGCUGCAGAAGCAGCUGGAGAAGGGACGCCGGCUGCGACAGUUACAGCAGCUACAGCAGCUGCGAGACAGUGGCGAGAAGGCUGGAAUCCAGUGGCGCGGCCUCGGUUUACUGCAACCUCCACCUCCCAGAGAUGGGGUUUCACCAUGUUGGCCAGGCUGGUCUCCAACUCCUGACCUCAUGAUCUGCCUGCCUCUGCCUCCGAAAAUGCUAAAAUUACAGGUGGUGGAGAUUGUGAAGAAGCUGGAGUCUUGCCAGCGGGGCUGGGAGGAGGAUGAGGAUCCCGAGCGGAAGGGGGCCAUUGUGUUCAACGCCACGUCCGAGUUCUGCCGCACCUUGGGGGAGAUCCCCACCUACGGGCUGGCUGGCAAUCGCGAGGAGCAGGAGGAGCUCAUGGACUUUGAACGGGAUGAGGAGCGCUCAGCCAACGGCGGCUCCGAAUCUGAUGGGGAGGAGAACAUCGGCUGGAGCACGGUGAACCUGGACGAGGAGAAGCAGCAGCAAGAUUUCUCUGCCUCCUCCACCACCAUCCUGGACGAGGAACCGAUCGUGAAUAGGGGGCUGGCAGCUGCCCUGCUCCUGUGUCAGAACAAAGGGCUGCUGGAGACCACAGUGCAGAAGGUGGCCCGGGUGAAGGCCCCCAACAAGUCGCUGCCCUCAGCCGUGUACUGCAUCGAGGAUAAGAUGGCCAUCGAUGACAAGUACAGCCGAAGGGAGGAGUACCGAGGCUUCACACAGGACUUCAAGGAGAAGGACGGCUACAAACCCGACGUUAAGAUCGAAUACGUGGAUGAGACGGGCCGGAAACUCACACCCAAGGAGGCUUUCCGGCAGCUGUCCCACCGCUUCCAUGGCAAGGGCUCAGGCAAGAUGAAGACAGAGCGGCGGAUGAAGAAGCUGGAUGAGGAGGCGCUCCUGAAGAAGAUGAGCUCCAGCGACACGCCCCUGGGCACCGUGGCCCUGCUCCAGGAGAAGCAGAAGGCUCAGAAGACCCCCUACAUCGUGCUCAGUGGCAGCGGCAAGAGCAUGAACGCGAACACCAUCACCAAGUGACAGCGCCCUCCCUCCCUGGCCCUGCCUCAACCUUCAUAUUAAAUAAAGCUCCCUCCUUAUUUUUUC